AUGGGUAUCGUGGAAAAGAUUCAGGACAUUGAGAAUGAAAUUAAGCGUACUCAAAAGAACAAAGCCACCGAGUACCAUCUCGGUCUGUUGAAAGCCAAAUUGGCGAGAUACAGAGUGCAGUUGAUCGAAGGCUCAAAGACAAAGUCUGAAAAGGGUGAAGGUUUCGAUGUCAUGAAAUCCGGUGACGCUCGUGUGGUCAUGAUCGGCUUUCCUUCGGUCGGUAAAUCCACGCUUCUUUCCAAGUUAACCACCGCCGAAUCCGUUGCCGCAGCAUACGAAUUCACCACGCUUACCUGUGUCCCCGGUAAAUUCACUUAUAAGGGGGCCAAUAUCCAAUUGCUCGAUUUGCCCGGUAUCAUUGAAGGUGCCUCCCAGGGUAAAGGUCGUGGUCGUCAAGUCAUUGCUGUCGCACGCACAGCCGAUGUCGUUUUAAUGAUGCUCGAUGCUACCAAAGCUACGCCUCAAAGAGAAUUAUUGGAAGCUGAAUUGGAAGCGGUUGGUAUCCGAUUAAAUCAAGGUUUCCCCAAUGUUUCUUUCAAGAUCAAAAAAGCCGGCGGUAUUAGCUUCAACGCUACAGUAAAACUUCACUAUCUUGAUCAAAAAAUGGUGCAAAACAUUUUACACGAUUAUAAAAUUUUCAAUGCGGAUAUUGUGAUUCGCGAAGAUAUCACUGUGGAACAAUUCAUUGACGUGGUGCUGGGCAACCGACGAUACAUCAAGUGCAUUUAUUGUUACAACAAAAUUGAUCAGAUUACCAUGGAAGAAGUGGAUCGACUGGCGCGAGAACCCAAUACAGUGGUGGUAUCUUGUGAAGAUGAUCUCAAUUUGGAUUAUCUCGUGGAACGCAUCUGGAAGGAGUUGAACCUGAUGAGAGUAUACACCAAAAAACGAGGCGACUAUCCCGAUUUUGAAGAUGGUUUGAUUGUGCGUAACGGAGCUACCGUUGAACACGUUUGUCACGCUAUUCAUCGAAGCUUAGCAAGCACUUUUCGUUACGCUUUGGUCUGGGGUACAUCAACCAAACAUAAUCCUCAACGAGUGGGUAUCAAUCAUCAAGUGCACGAUGAAGAUGUUGUUCAAGUGGUGAAAAAAUAA